AUGGAGUUCGUGAUGGAAGGAUGGCCGUUAAAGCAAGACUUGAUGCCAAGUCAUCAGCCAUUUUUUCGAGUUCAAGAGGAACUCACGGUAUUCGAAGACCUCCUAAUACGUGGAGAUCGCAUAGUGGUACCACCAGCGUUCACGGGACAUCUCAUACAGCUAGCCCAUGAAUCGCACCCAGGCAUCGUGCGCACCAAGCAGCGUUUAAGGGAGAAAUACUGGUGGCCACAGAUGGAUAAACAAGUUGAGAAUGCUGUCAAGUCGUGUCAUAUUUGUCAAGACGCCGAUAAAAGUGCGAAGACGGCUGACACGCCACUGCAGCCCAUUCCGUUUCUGAGCAGGCCAUGGGAGAAGGUAGCUGUGGACAUAAUGGGCCCUUUUGAAAAAGCUCCUCCUGACUGCAGGUACGCCAUCGUGAUGGUGGACUAUUUUUCUAAAUGGCCAGAGGCCAAGUUCUGCGCGAAUGUGACAGCAUCAACAAUUUUGGACUUCCUGAGAUCAGUGUUUGCACGAGAAGGCUAUCCGGACAACCUGGUGUCCGAUCACGGACGCCAGUUCAUUUCACAUCAGUUUGAACAGUUCCUCAGGGAUAGAGGCAUUCAACAUUCAUUUUCAUCUCUGUAUUAUCCACGUGCAAACGGGCUUGUUGAAAGGUUUAAUAGAGUUCUGAAAAACUAUGUCCAAGCCACGUUCUUGGAAAGAAGACCACUGCGACAAACCGUCACCGAGUACCUGGGACUGUACAGAUGUACCCCGCAUGCAACUACCGGAAAAUCACCUGCUGAACUUUUACAUCGCAGGAAACCACGGACACGACUGGACAUCGUUGGGAUACCGUCAUCUUUACUUGAGGAUGAUCCUGCUGCAGCAAUGACCAAUCUACGUGAACGCGUGCGCAGGCAUCAGCAACAGAGAAAGACCUACACGGACCAGAAACGUAGUGCCAAAGCGCCAAAAUAUAAAGUAGGAGAUUACGUUCGGGUACGCAAACCAGGAUUCACUCCAAAAGGAAUGCCGGCAUUCUCCAAGCCACUCAAAAUCAUCCGACAAAAAGGGACGUACUCGUUCCAACUAGCCGACGGCAACACAUGGAACGCAUCAAAGUUCGCACCAGCGGCUAUUCAACCAGCAAGUAGCAACCCCACACCUUCCACGGAAUCCUUCAGGCUGGAUUAUCCCACCUACAUUACUACGGGUAUGGAUGCCUCCGAUGUCCCUGUAUCCCAGUCACAACACGAGGCCAAUCAAGAAGCGGCACCACAAGUUUACCCCCCUGCUACUGGCAUCGGUGCGCCAACUGAUGUGCCAGGGGCAGGAUCACGUUUGCCUUCGAACGAAGGUGCAGGACAGCAGACACGUCUGCUGGCUCCGAGACAUAGACGUCCUCCCAAAAGAUACGGGGACCCCGUCGGUCAUUAA